CUUCCAUGACAUCCUCAAGCCUCACCACCACCACCACCUCCACUCCACCACCCCACGAUACACUUCACUCCCCUCCCGGCCUGCUCCCAGCGAUCGCAGAGCAUCACCGCACCUCUCCCAAGACUUAUGGCCGCCUCUUAACCAAAAUUGCUGGUCAAUGAUGACCAGAAAGGAUGGAGCUGUCCGCAACAGCUCUGCGACGAGCUCGAGCACGGACAGCUGGAAGUCUACCGAUACCAUCAAACCAGGCUCGCUCUUUCGCGGCCCAUCGCGCCGCGGAGCCCCAAUGAGCGUCAAGACGGAUGGCAGAAACAAGCCUGAGACUGAUCCUCAAGUCUCCCCAACUACCGCCGCCCCGCGCACCGCGAUUUCCCCUACUUCGAUAUCUCCUAAUGUAUCCCCCCGGGAUCAUAGGAUGAGCGAUUUUGGUAACUACCGACGCGAUCUUGCAGUACUGGAAACUUCCGGAGGACGAAUACCACAGAUUCAGCACAACCCCCCAACUGCGUUGGGCUCGCCGAACCAAAUCACCCCUUGGAUGUCAAGCAACGGGUCAAUCCCGACUCCCUCGAGUACUUUUGGCACGAGUUUUUACAAUGAUUCGAGCGACAACUUAUCGCAGGCCUCCCAAUUGUCCCCAGGCUUUCGGCCGGGAACUGGGUUGACGGGGAACACUAAUAACACCAAUGCAAGCGACUCACCGGCCGAUGCGUAUUUUGGGGAUGAAAGGCGGCCUUCAGUUGCCAGUGUGACAACUGCAAGUAGUCAGGGUUCGAAGUCGAGUGUGAGUCGAACAGGCAUACACAAGAAGCUGCACACUUUCUUUGGGGAGGACUUUCCCGGGAAAGAUGGGUCUGAUACGAGCCUUCCUUCGCACGGCAAGGACGUUCGAUCGCACUCCUUCGCCCGAAGCCAUCGAGACCGGAAUCAUUCAAGUACCACCGAUCACACUCAAAGAGACGCUUCGCCAGCAGGCUCUCGACCACGAACUCCAGUUCCCUCCAGUGACGUAGUUCCAUUUUUAUAUCAAGACUCACAGGAUAUUUCCAAGUACGGCGAGGCACCUGUCCGGCAAAAUCUCUCAGGCCCGGACAAAGAUCGGUAUACAGAGAAUUCCCAAAACCCUCCCAAGACCUCUUCUUCUGGACGCUCUGGGCAUUCCCAUGUUCAUCUACCAGGGCACCACCAUCGACACAACAAGAGCUCCGACGAUACUAGAGCUCUAAGGCCGUCAGUAAGCAGGGAGGACUCGGGACUCAGUGCAAGACAGAAGGAUCGUGCCCCCACGUCUAUGGGAACAGCGCUGGCAAAUUCAUCCAAUACUAGUCUAUCGAAGAGGUCAAAGAGUCCCACCCCCAGUGGAUUGAGCAAUUGGAGUCAGGUCACCGCCAUGGGGAAGAACAAUGAUGGAUCUACUUCUCCAACUGAGGGUCAUAGGAAAGGAGGGAUUCUCGGGCGCUUCAGAAAGCACAAGGAGAAGGAGACUCCAUAUCGAUUGAAAGAACCACCGGGAGCCAGUACAUCUGUUCGCUCGUUUAAAUCUCCAGCGACCAGGUCAGAGAAUGGCAAAGGACCGGUCUCUCCCGAAUUUGGUCAAUGGAGCCGCGAGGGGAGUGUUACGGGAUCAGAAGUCAAUCUUCCGAAAGCCGUCUCUGGCGCAAAUAGGCAAGGAACUUUUACCAAGCUGCCAUUUGGCAGGAAAGGGAGAGGGAAGACCACUGAGGAAGUAGAACCAUAUUACGAACCGCACGAGAGACACAACGGUUCCCCUGGAGCGGUUUACAAUCUCGACACGAAUUUAUCGAACAUGGAAGGGAUCUUAGCAAAGCCCGCGCCGCUGACCCCGCUUGACAACAGUAUUUUCAUUGGGAAUGUGGAGGAUGAGGCGAAGAUAGAGGCUGAGAGCGCAGUAGGCGGUCAAGACUGGAAUCCUCCUGAUAGUUGGGCGGUUAAGAGGGUCAAUGAUGAUAAUAUGUCUCGACUGCCUGAAAUCGACGAAGUAGGAGUUCCACCAAAGGCCGAUGAGAAGUCUAACCCAUAUUGCAUUCGCAUAUUCAGGAUCGAUGGAACGUUCGCUACUCUGUCAACUCCACUCAACGCUACUGUAACGGAGAUCAUGAGUCAACUAGGGAAGAAGACCUACAUGACGGACAGUCUCGAAAAUUACCAGAUUGUCAUGAAAAAGCACGACCUACAGCGGAUUCUUGGAGCUGGCGAGCGUCCGGUAGUGAUUCAGAGGCGUCUACUCGAGCAGGCAGGAUACGAAGAACGGGAUAGAAUUGAAGAUGUUGGCAGGGAAGACAACAGCUACCUCUGUCGAUUCUCUUUUGUCCCGGCUCGAGAAAGUGGCUAUGCGAGUGUCACUAAUGACUUGGGUGCACACCGAGUGCAAAAGUACAGUCACGUCGACCUAUCUGGACGAAAUCUCGUCACUAUCCCGAUUGCUCUCUACUCGAAGGCAUCUGAAAUCAUAUCUCUCAACCUGUCCCGAAACCUAUCUCUGGAUCUACCCAAAGACUUCAUCCAAUCGUGUCAGAACUUACGCGACAUCAAGUUCAUUAAUAAUGAGGCAUGGAAGCUGCCUCCCAGCCUGUCCAAAGCCAGUCGCCUCACAAUACUCGACGUAUCCAAUAACAGGUUGGAGCAACUUGAACAUGCAGAGUUGUCAAGAUUGCAGGGCUUGAUCAGUCUCAAGCUUGCCAAUAAUCGGUUGAGAAGUCUUCCUGCCUAUUUUGGUGGAUUCAAGUCCAUGAGAACGUUGAAUGUGUCUUCGAAUUUCUUGGAUUCCUUCCCUACCUUCCUCUGUGGCCUUGAGGGACUCGUCGACAUUGAUAUGAGCUUCAACGGUAUCGCAACACUACCAGACCAAAUUGGCCAAUUAAGGAAUCUCGAGCGUUUUGUCAUUACAAACAAUCGGCUUACAGGUUCCUUGCCAGUGAAUUUUGGACAGCUUUUGAACCUCAAAGAGGUCGAUAUUCGAUACAACGCUCUAUCCAGUAUCGAUGUCAUCGCCAAAUUGCCAAAAGUUGAGCAAAUAUCCGCGGAUCACAAUUCCGUCUCUGUUUGCGAAUCGGAGUUCACCAAGAUCCGAGUAUUGCGCCUCAACUCAAAUCCAGUCACCAAAUUUGAAAUCAAAAACUCCGUCCCAACUCUCACAACCUUGAUCUUAUCCAAUGCCAAGCUUGCACAUAUCCCUGAUGCAGUAUUUGACAAGAUGCCAAAUCUUGUCAAACUUGUGCUGGAUAUCAACCACUUCGUCUCUUUGCCUAGCCAUGUAGGCAAGUUACGAAAACUGGAGCAUUUCAGCAUUGCUAGGAAUGCAUUGAGCACUCUGCCACCGGAAAUCGGAUGUCUUACGGAGCUGCGUUUCUUGGACAUAAGACAGAAUAACUUGAAGAAGCUGCCCAUGGAAAUAUGGUGGGCAAAUAAGCUUGAGACGUUGAACAUCUCGUCAAACGUGCUUGACAACUUCCCUAAGCCAGCUUCACGAGCACCACAAGUGCCCGGAGAUGUUGCCCCGCUGACAGGACAGUUGAAUGGAUCGCCUGGGCAAAAUUCGAAUAAUUCGAGCUUUGAAGAAUUAGGUCCUCUGGAAGCCUUCGGGCAAAGGAGACCUAGCCAAGCAUCAAGCGGUCUUCUCAGUGUUGGUGGUUCUCCAGUGCCAGGAUCCGGUGACAGAAAGGGGUCAGUCGUGUCCGUGUAUGGGAAAGGAGGCAGGAAAACGUCGGUGGUAUCGAGAAGUGCAUCAGAGACCACUGUUGGGACAAUGACCCCGCCAUCACAAGGUGGAAGAAAAGAUUCGGUCAUGUCGGCCAGACUGAUCAACACCUUUGCUGGGUCAUUGCGAAAUCUCUACCUGGCGGACAAUCAGCUCGACGAUGAUGUUUUCGAUGAAAUCACUCUCUUGGGCGAGCUCCGAAUUUUGAAUCUGUCUUACAACGAUCUUAACGACAUGCCACAAAGGUCUAUCAAGAGCUGGCCGCAGCUUGUUGAGCUCUAUUUGUCCGGAAACGAGUUGACAUCUCUCCCAGCUGAUGAUUUCGAGGAGUUCAGCCUGCUCCAAGUCCUUCAUCUCAAUGGCAACAAGUUCCAGACUCUUCCUGCCGAACUUGGUAAAGCACACAGACUAGCCGUACUUGACUGCGGCAGCAACUCCCUUAAGUACAACGUUUCGAACUGGCCAUAUGACUGGAAUUGGAACUGGAACACCAACUUGAAAUAUCUGAAUCUCUCAGGGAACAAGCGUCUUGAGAUCAAGCCGUCGUUGCCAGGAGGCGCUAGCAGUCGGGAUGGCCGUGAUCUCACCGAUUUCAGUGCCUUGCAACAUAUGCGUAUCCUGGGCCUGAUGGAUGUGACCUUGACGAUUCCAACAAUCCCAGACCAGACUGAGGAUCGAAGGGUGCGAACUUCUGGCUCGCUCGCUGGUCAGCUGGCAUACGGAAUGGCAGAUACUUUGGGGAAGAAUGACCAUCUGUCUAUUAUUGAUAUGGUGGUUCCAAGAUUCAAUUCUACCGAGACAGAGACUCUUCUUGGAAUGUUUGACGGACAAGCCUUGUCUAGCGGGGGAUCGAAGAUUGCAAAGUAUCUCCACGAGAAUUUUGGCCAUAUUUUCAGCGAGGAGCUGAGGAAACUGAACUCCAGUCUCAGCGAGACACCAGUUGAUGCGCUUCGGCGAGCUUUUCUGUCUCUCAACAAGGAUCUAGCCACAGCCGCGACACAUCACACAGAAGAGAGAUCACUUCUAUCCCAUAGAGGGUCAGCAGCACCUGCAGUUCUCAGCCAAGCAGAUUUGCACUCCGGUGGUGUUGCAACGGUUAUGUUUUUGCAGCAAUCAGAACUUUAUGUUGCAAACGUUGGCGAUGCACAGGCAAUGCUCAUUCAUUCCGAAGGCGGUCACCGCAUCCUAACAAGAAAGCACGAUCCCGCUGAACCAAACGAGAGACAACGCAUUCGGGAUGCAGGUGGUUGGGUUUCUCGACAAGGAAAGUUGAAUGACAUCUUAGAAGUCUCUCGAGCCUUCGGUUAUGUUCAGAUCACGCCCGCUGUGCAGGCUGCGCCGCAUAUUACGCAGAUCACCAUCAAAGAACAGGACGAGAUGAUUUUAAUUGCCUCGCGAGAACUUUGGGAAUACCUGUCUCCUGAACUUGUUGUUGAUGUUGCGAGAUACGAACGUGGUGAUCUCAUGAGAGCCGCUCAGCGUUUGCGAGAUUUAGCUAUGGCGUUCGGGGCAACGAACAAGCUUAUGGUGAUGAUGAUCGGUGUUAGCGAUCUAAAGAAGAGGGCACAAAUUCGGCCACAUCGUGUUCAAAGCUUAUCAUUGGCUUCACAACUCGUCGACGAUGGAUAUACCCCGAAUACCAAGAAGCCUAAGAGAAAGGGUGAAACAGUCCAGGAUUCCAUGCUUCGUCGACUCCAAGCCGAAGUGCAAGCUCCGAUUGGCGAUGUCAGCAUUGUCUUUACUGAUAUCAAGAGCUCGACCCUUCUCUGGGAAACUUAUCCUAGUGCUAUGCAAUCUGCCAUCAAACUCCACAACGAGGUCAUGCGACGACAACUUCGAAUCAUUGGAGGUUACGAAGUCAAGACUGAAGGAGAUGCAUUCAUGGUCUCAUUCCCGACUGCAACAUCUGCACUUCUUUGGUGCUUUGCCGUACAGCAACAACUUUUAGAGGUCCAAUGGCCGUCUGAGAUUCUUUCUAGCGUGCUCGGUCAGGAGAUUUACGAUAAUGAUCAGACCCUGAUAUUCAAGGGCUUGAGUGUACGAAUGGGCAUACAUUGGGGUCGGCCUGUGUGCGAGAAUGAUCCUGUUACCAGGCGGAUGGACUACUUUGGACCAAUGGUCAACCGUGCCUCCAGAAUUUCAGGAGUUGCGGAUGGUGGCCAAGUCACUGUUUCAGCCGAUUUUAUUUCCGAAAUCCAGCGUUGCCUCGAGACUUACAGCGAGAGUGAUCGAUCUGGUUCGACAGGUUCCGAAGAGGCUUUCGACAAUGAUCUCGUCACCCAGGCUAUCCGUCGUGAGCUCCGUUCUCUCAGUAGUCAAGGUUUCGAGGUCAAAGAUAUGGGGGAGCGGAAAUUGAAGGGUCUCGAAAAUCCGGAGUACAUUUACCUGAUGUAUCCACACACUCUGUCCGGCCGUAUCCACUAUCAACAACGACUGGCCGAAGGAGACAAGCUUGUCAUGGUCGAAGAACCUGCUACAUUGUCGCAGCAAUCAACAUUGAGCAUCGACACUGAGUGCGUUUGGGCGUUAUGGAGCGUAAGUCUGAGAUUGGAGAUGCUGUGCUCGAGCUUGGAAGUGAACAAGGGACAGGGGGUCGCACUGCAACCUCCUGAGACCGCUAUGCUAGAGAAGAUGAAGUACAGAGGCGGAGAGGUGACUGAUCGAUUCCUGGUCAAUUUCAUGACCCAUCAGGUUUCAAGGAUUGAGACAUGUAUCUCCACCCUCGCAACCCGUCAUCUAGCAAUCGGUCGCUGCGAUCUCUACGACCUCGACCAGCUCAGGGCACCAAUGGACGACGUCCUCAGUGCCCUAGAAGCACAACUGGCAGAACUAAAGAAAUACAAGGCUAAAUUCGGCGAGCUUGAGCCUGAAGGUUCAAACAGUACUUCAGUCGCAACAGCAACCGCAAACCUUAGGAAGAAAUCAACGAGGACGUCGAGCAGGCAGAGUAGGACGAGUAAACCCGAUACGCCAACGAACGGCGCAUGAUAUCACUGAUAGGGAACUUUCUUUUUGGGUGACAGCAUGGCGUUUGGGAUUCUCAGGAUGAGAAGGAUGGAUUGGGUUGGGUUGGGAUGGCUGUAUUGAUGAUGACCACUGUCGCAUUGGAUAUCUUUUCUUGUCGCUUUAUUGGUCGUACAAAAUGGGACACAUUAGGUUUGGGAAUUAGGUAUGGAAGGGAAGGGACUUUUGCUAUGAUGACUGUAUGGACUGGACUACCACGCUUCGAAUGCUUAGUGUUGAAUGCAAUGGAGGAGGGGUUUUUGCAUGCGGUUAGGAGGUGGCUAGCUUAUGAUUUUAUGAUUGAGGAAGUGGUGCAUACUUGUUACGAUGGAAGAGAGUGAGGGGUGUGUAUAUAGUUUAUCUAAGAAUGGUGUGUGGGCACACAAUGAGGAGUGUUAGUCCUCUUCCCAUCCAUAUACCCAAAGCCAUAGCAGGCGAGCCCUGUGUGUUCCUCUCCCCG